UAGUUAUAUGCUCUCUUUCUGGGGGGAUGUUGAGUGGGAGCACCGAUCGAAAGCAUUCUCAUGAAGGUAAGGUAUCCUCGGUCAACCCAAUAAGGAAGAUGCUUGAGAACAAACACGGCACAUUACAUAGAUAUACAUCCGCAAGUUGUCUAAUAAUAAAGAUUGCUGGUGUUAAGUUGCACGGCUGCUUGACAACAACCACAACAAACCCCUCACCCGGCGGAAGGUCGCACUUGAUCGAUCGCCCGGCAAGGAAACCAGAUAAAUAAGCCAUACAUCGCACUUGUAAGCUGUAUAAAUUCUAGAAACCUAAGUAAUAAUAAAUCAAUAAAUAAAUAAACAGCAUAUCAAAUAAAAUAUUUUAAAAACCAAACCUGAGAAAAAAGGGGCAAGGGAAGAAUUUUUUUUUAAAAAAAAAUGGCAAACUACACCACCCUACCCUCCACGGCCACCAAGCGCCCCGAACCUUUCCAGGUCUCAAUCUCCGAGCAACAGCUGAGCGAGUUCAAGACGCUGCUAAAGCUGUCGAAGAUCCCUGUGCCAACAUACGAGAGUCUGCAGGAAGAUGGGAAGUUUGGGAUUAGCCAUAAGUGGCUGGUGGAGACGAAGAAGUACUGGGAGGAGGAAUUUGAUUGGAGAAAAACCGAGGAGUACAUCAACUCAUUCCCCAACUUCAUGACAACAGUCAAUCUCCCCGCCGGUGGGAAUGAGGAAUUUAAAAUCCAUUUCGUCGCUCUAUUCUCCCAGAAGGCUGAUGCGAUCCCCAUUGCAAUACUCCAUGGCUGGCCAGGAAGCUUUUUCGAACACCUCCCUCUCCUCACCCUAAUGAAGGAGAAAUACACCCCUCAAACCCUCCCUUAUCAUCUGAUCGUCCCCUCCUUACCCGGCUACGCCUUCUCCUCCGCACCCCCGCUAACGCGCAACUUCGACCAAAAUGAUGUAGCCAAGAUCAUGCACCAGCUCAUGGUGGAUCUUGGGUUUGAAUCCUCAGGCUAUCUGGUGCAAGGUGGUGACAUCGGGAGUAUGGUUGCAAGGAGAAUGAGUGAGUUUUAUGACGCGUGCAAAGGCUUCCACAUCAACUUCUACCCAACACCAACCAUAACCUCUCCCCCGGACGGAAUCGCCACCGACGGGUCCCUAACCGACUCAGAACGGGCGGGCAUGCAGCGCGCCGAGCUAUGGAAGAGAACAGGCAACGCAUAUUCGAUGGCACACGGCACGCGACCCAGCACCAUCGGUCUCCUGCUGGGCACUAGCCCGCUCGCGCUGCUGGCGUGGGUGGGCGAGAAGUUCCUAGCCUGGUCGGACGAGCCGCUGUCGACGGAGGAGAUCUUGCGAUGCGUGACGCUGUAUUGGUUUACGGAGUCAAUGGGGAGAGGGAUUUAUCCGUAUCGGAGUCGGACUCUGCUGUUAGAGACACAAACCCAGAACAAGCCGUUCGGGUAUUCGUAUUUCCCCAAGGAAAUCUGUCCCACACCGGCAGCAUGGACGGGGAAAUUGGGUGAUAUGGUAUUCUAUAAGGAACAUGACAAGGUACGCAUAUCUAUCUGGCGGGCAUUUUGCAGCGUUGGAACAGCCGCAGUUGUUCAUGGAGGAUUUGGAAGCGUUUGUUGCGGCGUCUUGGAAAUGAACAAUAAUAAUAAACAGUGGGGGAAUCGAAUGUGGGGAGGUAGUUUUCCCGCUAGGGAAAAGUAGAAGCCGAGAAAUGAAAUGGGCCGCUCUUUAAAGGAGAAAUUUGAUCCUUGGAGCGUUGCUCGGAAUGAAAUAUGCCAUCGAGAGAGCGACUGGAUGUAACUAGAUAUGAUGAUCUGGAGUUGGGUCUAGUUAGCAAUUAUUAUGACGAUGAAUGGAAUAACUCUUUUCGCCCAAAGUUUCCCGAUCUGACAGAGCCAGACAUCCAUCGCCU